CUGCGUAAAUCUGCCCUGCGGGGGAUAAAGAUCCCGGGUGAGGCGGAACGGCUGGUUGCUAAACUGUUCGCGGACGAUACGACGGUCUACCUGAGUGGCGAUGACGACUACAGCUGUGUACAGGAUCUAGCUGCGACAUGGUGUAGAGUGUCAAGGGCGAGAUUCAAUGAGGAGAAGACUGAGAUCUUACCGAUUGGAGCUGAAUCGUACCGUAACACUGUGUGCCUGACGCGCAAGCUGAGCCCACUCGCCCCCCCAAUCCCUGACUCCGCGCACAUAGUCCGCGACGGGGAGGCCAUCAGAUCUCUCGGGGCGUGGAUAGGCAACGGGAUUGAUGUGGCCGCGCCCUGGGCGCCCGUAUUGUCUACAAUCACCACGAACCUGGCAAAGUGGGGACGGGGCAAACCUACCCUGAACGGCCGCAAACUGGCCAUUGGAAUUGAGGUGGCGGGGCGAACCCAGUUCCGUGCCACGGUACAAGCAAUGCCAGCGAGUGUUGAGCAACGCUUGACGAGGAUUGUAUCCGACUUCCUAUGGAACGGGGACGCCCACCCGCGCGUGGCGCGUGAACAAACGUACCUGCCGAUUGCAGAGGGGGGCCUUAAGCUCCUUGACAUCAAGGCAUGGAAUGAAGCGAUUGCGCUCAUGUGGCUCAAGACCUACCUUGCUGUUGGAUUGAAGAGACCG